AUGGGGUUUGGGGGACGGAAGGAGCGGGAGAGAGGGCGCUGGAUGCGGAGAGGAUGGAGGGAGCGGGAGAGACGAGAGGAGAGGGACGGGAUGUCCAGGGGAGUAUGCUGCGCAGUGGUGAGGGGAGAGAAGUAUGCCUUCCUAUUCUCCCCCAACCCUUUCCAUUCUCCCCCAUUCCCUCCCAUUCUUCUCCCCAUCCCCUCCCAUUCUCCCCCAUUCCCUCCCAUUCUUCCCCAUCCCCUCCCAUUCUCCUCCAUCCCCUCCCAAUCUCCCCCAUUUCUUCCCACUCUCCCCCAUCCCCUCCCAUUCUCCCCCAUCCCCUCCCAUUCUUCCCCAUCCCCUCCCAUUCUCCCCCGUCCCCUCCCAUUCUCCCCCAUUUAUUCCCAUUUUCUCCCAUCCGCUCCUGUUCUCCCCCACCCCCUCCCAUUCUCCCCCGUCCCCUCCCAUUCUUCCCCGUCCCCUCCCAUUCUUCCCCGUCCCCUCCCAUUCUUCACCACCCCCUCCCAUUCUCCCCCGUCCCCUCCCAUUCUCCCCCAUCCCCUCCCAUUCUCCCCCGUCCCCUCCCAUUCUCCCCCAUCCCCUCCCAUUCUCCCCCAUCCCCUCCCAUUCUCCCCCGUCCCCUCCCAUUCUUUACCACCCCCUCCCGUUCUUUCGCAAUCCCUCCAUUUCAACCCAUUCUCUCACUCACAGGCUGAUUUCAUCGCCGCACCUCUCCCCCGCCAUCCUGUCAGAAUCGCCGCCACCGGCAGGGAGGGAGGGACCAUCUCGCACUUGGCAUGUGUGCGUUCAGGUGUUGGUGGGGCAAGUGUGUGUGCUACAGAGGUAGCAGGACUGGCUCUGCCCCCAACUGCCGCUGCUCAUUCGCUGAGAGCUGGCCACUGCCAAGCUGCCACGUGA